UCCCCGUAUCAUGUGAUCUGGGACAACCACUCACUUCCUGUUCGUUCCGGACUCCAGCUGCAGACACAAGCCCGUCUCAGCAGCUCUGACAGGAACAGCCGCGAGCACAUGAGCAGCCUUGUUGUCAGCAGGAGGCCGAAAUCAGAGAACGAUGGAGAGCGGAGUCUCAUUAUGGACUCAGCCACCAGUGGGGAUCAUCUCUUGGACCAACAUGCAUCCACACCGGGGUUCGUCUACGUGUUGGCCUUCUUCUCUGCCCUGGGAGGAUUCCUCUUUGGGUACGACACCGGGGUGGUUUCUGGGGCCAUGCUGCUCCUGAAGAAGGAGAUGAACCUGAGCGCCCUCUGGCAGGAGUUGCUGAUUUCCAGUACCGUGGGGGCCGCAGCAGUGUCCGCCCUAUGCGGUGGCUCCCUGAACGGCUGGCUGGGGCGCAAGGUUUGCAUCCUGGUGUCCAGUUUCAUCUUCACCAUCGGCGGCCUCAUCUUGAGCUUGGCCCCAGACAAGGUGGUCCUGCUUGUGGGCAGAAUCACUGUUGGUUUGGGCAUAGGUAUUGCUUCAAUGACAGUUCCUGUGUACAUAGCUGAAGUUUCCCCUCCACACCUGAGGGGUCAGCUCGUCACCAUCAACUCCCUCUUCAUCACUGGUGGCCAGUUCAUUGCCAGUGUGGUGGAUGGAGCUUUCAGCUACCUGAGCCAUGAUGGCUGGAGGUACAUGUUGGGUCUGUCCAUUGUUCCAGCAGUGCUGCAGUUCGUCGGCUUCUUCUUCCUCCCAGAGAGCCCUCGAUGGCUUCUCCAAAAGGGCCGGAGCCAGGAGGCUCUUCAAGCUCUGAGUAAGAUAAGAGGAGGCCAGGACGUUGAGGAAGAGUACAACACCAUCAGAAGCAGCAUCGAGGAAGAGGAGAAAGAGGCGGGUGGAGGAGGUCUUGUUAUUUUGCGGAUCCUUAGCCACGGUCCGACUCGCAGGGCUCUCUUCGUUGGCUGUGGCCUCCAGAUGUUUCAGCAGCUGUCUGGGAUUAACACUGUCAUGUACUAUAGUGCAACCAUUCUGCAGAUGGGGGGGGUGCGGGACGAUAAACAGGCGAUCUGGUUAGCUGCUGCAACGUCUGCUACCAACUUCGUGUUCACACUGCUUGGAGUCUGGCUUGUAGAGCGAGUGGGACGCCGGAAGCUGACCCUGGGCAGUCUUUUAGGUACUUGUCUGAGUCUCACUGUGUUGGCAGCUGGGUUCUUGCUAUCUGCCCAGAACUCCCCGCCCGUCACCUUGCACCCAGCUGAAGCUCAGAACUCCACCUGCAGACAAUAUGGGUUCUGUGAAUUCUGCAUGUUGGAUCCCAACUGUGGAUUUUGUUACCGUGAAAAUGGAACCGGCGUGUACAACUCCUCCUGCAUUCCUGUCAACCAAGCAUCCACAGAUCAUGCAGCGUGGGGAAGGUGUUCCAACCAGACGGGGGCAAAUGACAGCUCAGUAUGGGCGUACAACUACUGUCCCACAUCCUACUCCUGGAUCGUCCUGUUGGGGCUCAUUCUCUACCUUGCGUUCUUUGCACCAGGUAUGGGCCCGAUGCCUUGGACAGUGAACUCUGAGAUCUACCCACUGUGGGCCCGCAGCACCGGGAAUGCCUGUUCAGCCGGGGUCAACUGGAUCUUUAACGUACUGGUGUCUCUGACCUUCCUUCAUGUCGCUCAGUUUCUAACCUAUUAUGGGGCAUUCUUUCUGUACGCAGGCCUGGUGGUGCUGGGGCUCCUCUUCGUCCAGGGCUGCCUCCCGGAGACCCAGGGCCGGCAGCUGGAGGACAUCGAGAACCUAUUCACCGGUCCGCUCUGCUCCUGUGGAGCCUCCUCACACAGCGGCAGUCGCGACGUCCAGUACAUCCGGGUAAAAGGCAGCAACGUCCUCUCUGACAAUGAUGUCUCAGAUGUAGAGUAGACUGGGAAGACUGUCCUCUCUGGCUUUGGGUGUUCCUGUCUUGGAAAGACUGCUCAUGUGGGGAUGGGAGGAAAGGUAACUUUGCUCUCUGGUGGCUGCAAUCAACCCUAAGCCAGAACAAAGGCUUGAACUCUCAAAUGGAUGACCAUAUCUGGUACUUUUCUUUUCUCUGGAGACUCAUAAGUUGCCUCUGUUGUUUCUUUCAGAGUUUUUCUGUGGUUCAUUCUCCUCAUUUCCCAUCGUCUCCUCUGUCAUCAUUAAGAGUAAAACUGAAGUAAGGUUCAUAUGAGAUAAUUAUUAUCCCAGGAAAGUUACAGUUACAAUUCAGACUAUAGGAUUUGGACACAGAGAUUUAAUGCAUUUGUUUGAAUACGAGCACACAGACCUAUUCAUUAUUCACAUUUUGAUUCUGAAUGUCCUGAAGCACAAAGGCUGAACAACAAAAAUAUGUAACUGUCCAAAUACUUAAGUCUGGAUUUGUGUUUAAGAAUUUGGAGAAUGAUUUUAGUUUUUCCAGCAAGUAGCAUUUUCUUUUCUUCAGUCUGUUCAGAAACCAAAUGACCUGGUUGCUGACUCACCUUUUCCUCAGCCUUUCCUUAUGUCAAGACAAUCUAACUUCCAGAUGAAGAACACUUUACAUGAUUUCAGUCAGAUCAUCCGUCUUUUGAAAGCACCAGCAUACCAGCAAUGAUGAAUACCAGCCUCAUAAUCUGUAGUUUUAGAUUCAUAAAAUAUUAUACCUUCUGAAACACUUUAUAUCUUAUUUGUUGAAAUCCUCUUCAUAUUCCGAUAACCAUUGAUUAAUAAAGUUGUCUAAAAAGAAAAAAGUCCUUGUUCCUCACAGGACUGUGAGAAACACAACCAAUUAUUUCAUUCAGACCAAAUUAGAUGAUUUGCUGGCGUACCUAUCAUUUCUAUAAUUGCAGAACUAUUUCCAAACACAAUUAUGUGCUGAUGUAAAGCUUUGCUGGUGUGACUGAAUCAGGUGAUUGGUGGUUGCUAAUGGUGUAUACACAGUGUGAGAGUUUGCACUUUAUGAACCAAAAAGGUGUGUUUUUACAUUUUUUUUUAAUAUAUUUUUGUAUGUCAGAAUAUAAGAAUGAGUUGCCUAAAUCUUCGAUUUUCUAGCAAGGUUCGGAAAGCAGCUCUGCACAGUAUGGAGCAGUGGGGUCAGACAGUGCCAUAGCCUAUAUAACUGUGAGUACUGCAUCAAGGUGCUGAGCGCACAAAGAACUUUGCUGCUACGCCAAAACUCUGCUAAACGUUUACUGUAAUGUUCCAUCUCUUGUUUCCGCAGCUGAGAUAAUGGUAACGAAGUAGCCCUGAACAACACAAUACGGGGAACGCCUUUGUACGCAAAGCCUCUUAACACUUGGAUAUUUAUUAGCAUUUAAUAUUAUUUCUCAUGAUUUUUCUUGCUGCAGUUGGGUUUUGUUACAGUGCAAGCUAGAAACUGCCUUGUCGAUGACUUGUAAUGCUCCUUUUUAAAUGUUUUACUGAAGUUUCUAAUGUAAUACUGGAUUCCAGCAAACAUCUGGAAAUGUCUGAACUGUGGUGUGUUUAAUGUGUGAAACCACAAAUGGGAACAAAAGAUGUCCAGUGUUUGUAACUACAUAUUUUGUGGUAUUGAUUUAAUGUGUUGCCAUGUUGCUCUGUCUGCUAUAAAAACUAAUUUGUAAUGAGAUAGCAGUGACAGGACCCAGCCGCCAAUUGUUUAAAUAUGGUGACAGAUAUUUAAAAUGGUGACACUUACAUUUGGUACAACAGACUCAGUUCACCCACAGGGGAACAGACAUGUUGAGAAUAUUAGUGUUAGUGUGUAGGUUUAAAGGCCGUAGGGUUAUUCUAAAGACAAAUAACAGGUGUGUGCAUUUCAUUCUGGUACUGUGUCAUUCUUAUCUUGUUCAUGUUUUCAUGCUGUGUAUGAAAUUACAUUCCAUGUGUCUUUGAUCAUGCUCUUUUCCAUCAUGUGAUGUUUGGGAAUUAAACACAAAUGUUGAAACAA